GUGCAGCCCCCUGUGGGCUUCUGGGAUCCCUUGGGUCUCUCCGCUGAUGGUGACUUGGAAGUCUUCCAGCGCCGUCGCGAGGUUGAGCUGAAGCACGGCAGGAUCUCCAUGUUUGCCUGCAUGGGAUACAUCGUGCCUGAGUACUUCAAGUUCCCUGGAGAGCUCUCCCCCAAGCUUGGCCUCAAGUUCACUGACAUCCCAAACGGGUUGGCCGCUCUGACCAAGGUCCCAGGCCAGGGCUGGGCACAGAUCGUUGCCUUCUUGGGAACCUAUGAGCUUUUCAUCAACAAGCCAGUUGGUGACGAGCCGGGCAACUAUGGCAAGGGCAACCUGGGCCUUGGCUUCUUUGGACCGGUGACCAAUCCGGAGGCACGCAAGAAGAAGCUGUCCGCCGAGUUGGCCAACGGCCGCUUGGCCAUGAUGGCGAUCAUUGGAAUGUUCUUCCAAGAUGGCCUCACCGGAUCCGCGUGGGGUGAUUGGGCUCUCUACACUGACUCCCCACUGCGCAGUGGAAAGAUGAGCCCCGGCUACAACACACUCCCCGAGUUCAACAAGCCAAAGACUGGCUUUGAGGGUCUCAUUGGCGACCAGGCGCCUCUUGGCUUCUGGGACCCCCUGGGACUUGCCAAGGACAAGGAUGUGGAGGUGUUCAAGAGGCGCCGUGAGACUGAGAUCAAGCACGGCCGUGUGGCUAUGUUCGCCACCAUGGGCUACAUUGUGCCGGAGUACUACAAGUUCGAUGGCUACCUGUCCCCAUCCAUGGACCUGAAAUUCGCCGAUGUGCCAAACGGCUUGAAGGCACUCUCCGUGGUGCCCAAGGAGGGCUGGGCUCAGAUGCUUGCCUUCGCCGGCUUCCUUGAGUUGGUUGUGAACAAGAAGUCAUCUGAGCCAGGCAACUACGGCAAGGGCAACUUUGGCCUCGGCAACGUUGGAUUUGGCAAUUCCAUCCAGGAUCCUGCCAAGAGGACUGCACACAGAUUUGC